UUCAAGAAUGUGUUAAGCUGAUCCGAUCUAAACGCACUAGGAUUUUUGGGAAUGGACUCGAUACUGUUGCUGCUUCUACUGAUCGGGUGCAGCGUGAAAUUUGCGCUCAGUCAACAGGGCCCGGUCUUCACUCUAGAGCCGCCGAACACUCUGGUCUUUUCGAACACCACCGGUUCGCAAUUAAGCUGUUCCGCACACGGCAGCCCGACGCCGCACGUUACGUGGAUUACUAGCCCAGAUCAAAGAUCGGUCACGGCCGUGCCUGGACUCAGGCAACUUCUCGGCAAUGGGACACUAUACUUCCCGCCGUUCUUGGCGCAGGACUUCAGAGCCGAAGUGCACAACGCUCGGUACAGAUGCCGCGCGACCAGUUCUGUGGGAACGGUGCUCUCGCGCGAAGUCACUCUCCGCGCCGUAUUGACGGUGUCUGGAUACGACGUCAGGGUAAACAGACAGCCCGUUCUAGAAGGGUGCAACGCGGUGUUGUCCUGCACAGCCCGAGAAGACGUCAAGGAACAUCUCACCGUAACUUCCUGGUUUCGCGACGAUGCUAUUCUCCUACCUGGAAAUACAGACACUGGCGGAAGAUUCGUGGUUACAUCACAGGGUGAUCUCCACAUUAGAGCCGUCCGACCGGAAGACGGCAGAGCGAUGUAUUCGUGCCUGACUCUGCACGCUCUAACCAGCGAGAGGAGGCGAAGCGAACUCGCCACUUUAACCGUCACGGAACCGAGUGGUUUAUCGCCGCCGCGACUGAUGCAACGGUCUGAGAUAGCUAUUUCCGCUGAGAGCGGCUCCGACAUUCACCUAACAUGCUCGGCGCAAGGAAACCCUCCUCCGCAAUUUACCUGGUAUCGCGAUGUUAAUGGCCACUCAAUACCGGUCGAGUCCUUCGGCCGCAUCCAACUUUGGGGUGAUUUGAUGCAAAUCCGUCGCGUAGACGCGCAGGACGCUGGAAAAUACCUUUGCAGAGCCAGCAAUCAACUCGGCGAGACACGAGUGCAGAUGCACUUGUCGGUCACUUCAAAGCUAAAUGCUCGAAUCCAACCGCGCGUGCAGGUCAUUAAUUCCGGCGAAACUGCUACGAUGAACUGCACGGUCGAGGGAUAUCCGGUCGAGAGCGUUGAGUGGCUGCACGACGGUAUACCAGUAUUGACCGCCCAGGACACGAGGAUCAGAUUGUUGGCUCCCUUGGUGCUCGUGAUAGGCUUCGUCGGUCGUAGAGACAAAGGGAUGUAUCAGUGUUUGGUGAGAAGUGACAAGGAGAACGCACAGGCUACCGCCGAACUGAAGCUCGGAGAUACGGUUCCGGAGCUGCAGUAUACAUUUAUCGAGCAAGCACUACGAGCGGGUCAACCGGUCUCUUUGCGUUGCUCGGCCACGGGUUCGCCGACACCGUCCUUUACAUGGUUGCUUGAUGGUGAACCGUUAAGCCAGAUUGCAACCGGACACAGAUACGCGAUAGGCCAAUACGUGGAUCAAUCCGGUGACGUGAUCAGUCACUUAAACAUUUCAUCGGCAGGUACUGAAGACGGAGGCUUGUACGCAUGUGUGGCGUCCAACACACUGGCGACCGUUGAGCAUAAAGCCAGAUUGAAUAUUUACGGACCGCCGUACAUUCGAUCGAUCGGACCGAUACGCGCCAUCGCCGGUGUUGACAUCACAAUAGCCUGUCCUUAUUCGGGAUAUCCGAUCACGUCGGUCGAGUGGACUCGAGGUGGUGCCGAGUUGCCCUUUGACAUUAGGCACCGGGUCGACAACGAGGGCCAUUUUACAAUCGCGACGGUGGAUCCUAAUGACGCCGGCACUUACACCUGUAUAGUGCGAGCCAGCUCCGGCAAGACGGCCACUAGAGACAUACGACUUACCGUCAAUAGUCCUCCGGUAAUGAGUCCUUUCAGCUUUCCUCCGAAUUCACAAGAAGGCAGUCGUGCUCAAGUGACGUGUAGUGUAACAUCAGGCGAUCUUCCAAUCUACAUUUCCUGGCUGAAAGAUGGCGAACCGCUGCCCUCUUCCCUUCGCAUCGAAGAACGAGGUGCCGAAUUCUUCAGCCUGCUUGUUUUUAAAGAAUUAUCGUCGCGACACAGUGGCAAAUACACUUGCGUGGCUACGAACAGUGCCGCAAAGGUCAAUCACACGGCGGAACUCCUGGUGAAGGUGCCGCCACAGUGGAUAUUCGAACCGCAAGAUGUGGCGACCCUGCUGGGUAACCCGUUGAACAUCCACUGCGAAGCAAAAGGCUUUCCACCACCGCGUAUCACGUGGUUACGCGCUCGCGGCAGAACAUCCAACGAUUAUCAGCCGCUGGUCGAUGAUUCCGACGGCAGGCUCACGAUACUGCCUAAUGGCUCUAUGUGGACGGCUUCCGCCGGUCCGCAAGACGAGGGUUAUUAUUUAUGCCGGGCUAACAAUGGCAUCGGAUCUGGAUUGAGCAAAGUGAUAUAUGUGUCGGUACACGAACCGGCAAGAUUCGAGUUCCAAAGUAAAAAUGUGACUAUUCGCCGCGGCGAAUCCGUGACCAUCGAGUGCGUUGUGAUCGGCGACAAUCCCAUCGAGGUUCAGUGGACGCACAACAGCGAUCGACUAGACUCGAUAAGCACUCACAGACUGAGCAUCGGUCAGAUCAAGACCGACAACGGUCUGAAGUCUCAACUGUCUAUUGCGAACAGCGAUCGGCAAGAUUCCGGAGUCUAUCGUUGCACUGCCGACAACGCUUACGGGAGAAGCGAACAUCUGAUUUAUCUGGCGGUUCAAGAGAGGCCGGAUCCACCAGCCGGGCUCGAGGUAAUCGAGAUCGGCUCGCGAUCGGUACGGUUAUUAUGGAAGCGAGCUUUUGACGGGAACAGCCCUAUAAGAGAUUACGUGAUACAAUACCGCUCGCUGCCGAGUCACGAUAAGACCGAUGAUUGGAAUCCCGUUAAAACGCAUAAUGUCACGUACACGCCAGGAAGCUCUGGUGGCGGUAAUUCUAUACAUCCAACACAAAAUGGCUUGUCCUUUGAGACGACCAGCGACGAUCAAGAAAUGGCACUGGUCAGCGGUCUUCAUCCCGCCGUUACGUACAUAUUCAGGAUAUUCGCUAUUAAUGGCAUUGACGCGAGCGGGCCUACUGAACACGUGAUAGCGAAGACUCAGGAGGAAGCGCCCACUGAACCGCCACAAAAUAUCAAAGUGCAAUCUGCUGGACCCGGCGAACUUAUGGUUAGCUGGCAGCCGCCUCCGAAAGAAUCGUGUAACGGGGACUUGCUAGGUUACAUUGUGACGUGGUCGGAGCACUCAUCGUCAACGUCGGGUGUCAAUCAGAGCAAGAGCCUAACCGUGAACGGUUGGGCAACGACAAAGGUACAGCUCACUGGUCUUAGGAAGUUCACGAAAUACGACGUCACAAUUCGUGCGUUCAACAGCAUAGCCAGUGGACCUGCUAGUGCCCCCAUCGUGGGCACCACUCAAGAAGGAGUACCGGAAACGCCACCGACUCAAUUGACAUGCGUUCCGUUGUCCUCCCAAAGCGUCAAAGUAUCCUGGAGUGCACCGCCACCUCAUCAACACGGUGGCAUCAUUUUGGGGUACAAAGUUUACUACAGACCGGUUCCCACCGAUAACAUGGAUAUAUCGACGGUCGGUGAAGUGAAAAAGACUACAAGUAUGGAUACUUACUUGCACACGUUGUACAAGUACACAAAUUACUCGAUCAAGGUGUUGGCUUACACGAGUGCGGGAGACGGAGCGUUGAGUCCGCCGAUUUUCUGCAUGACGGAAGAAGAUGUUCCAGGUCCGCCGGCUGGCAUCAAAGCGCUGGCACUAACGGCGGAGAGUAUAUUGGUUUCUUGGUUGCCGCCGCUGCAACCGAACGGAAACGUUUCUAAAUAUACAAUAUACAGCAGAGAAGCUGGCUCUAACAAUCACAACACUCACACGAUGCACGAUCCGCCGUCAUCGCCGACAGAUACCCUUACGAUGGAAUUGCGGGAUCUAGCAGAAAGACAAUUGUAUGAAUUCUGGGUGUCGGCAACGACUGGCCUCGGAGAAGGUGAACGAACUACCAUAGUUACACAGACAACAAAUACAAGAGCUCCUGCCAGAGUCGCAUCGUUCUCGCAAGUACUGCGGAGAGCUGUAAAAUCGUCAGUGAUGCUAUCGUGUUUGGUGGUCGGAAAUCCGACGCCCCGACCCAUCUGGACCUAUAGAAACGGUCAGAUCACCACAGGAAGACAUUACGAGCUUACACUCGAUGGACAUUUAAAUAUACGCGGAUUAGAACAAUCGGUUGCGGGGAACUACACCUGUUCGGCGAGUAAUUUAUUCGGCGACGACUCCAUCACUUAUUCUCUGAUUGUGGUAAUGCCGCCUAAAGCGCCAUCGUUGGAGCUUCAGUACACGACGACCAACAGUAUCAGAUUUCGCUGGAACCAUCCGGAUAACGGCGGUGCUACUAUACAAGGAUAUGUGUUAAGCUAUAAGAAAGAUGAAAGUGACUGGGAAGAAAUUGCUCUGUCCCCUGAGCAGACGGAGUUUGUGCUCUCCGGACUGAAAUGCGGUUCUUCCUACGUUGCGUACUUGACGGCGCACAAUCGUGUUGAUACCGGCGAACCGAGCCCUUCCAUCAGUGCAACAACGAAAGGCACCGCGCCUUUAUUGCCUAAGGAGAGAGACAUUAUCUCGGCGAACGGCACGUCGGUGAAACUGAACCUAUUAUCAUGGCCUAACGGAGGAUGUCCGAUUCAAUAUUACACUGUCGAGUAUCGCAGGCGGAUCAGCACGGAACCGUGGAUCCUAGUGGCCAGCAGAGCAACCGGAAAUCUUGUGAUCCGCGAUCUGAAGACCGCUUCGUGGUAUAGUGUGCGUUUAACAGCGCACAAUGAUGCCGGCUCGACCCAGACUCAAAUGGAGUUUGCCACCACCACGCUGAGCGGCGUCAGCAUUGGUCCUCCCAACGAUCUGAUAAUGGAGGACGAUAUCAAGAAAGCUGUGCCUAAUCACAAAAUUCUGUAUGUCGUUGUGCCUCUCGUCUGCGCGAUCAUCCUGAUCGUUUCUGCAAUUAUUCUAGGAUAUGUCAUGCUCAAGCGCAGAGGAAACUAUUUGAGCGAAAUGCUACCGGGGCAGCAGCAACACCAGCAAGCGGGAUUGGGGAUAGUUCAGCAGCAACAGCAACAGCAUCAUCAUCUGUCCAGCUGCAUGUCGACUGUGCAACUCAAGUCAACAGCCGAACGUGAUAACAGACGCAAUCAUCAGGUCUACACCAGCUCGCCUGUGAAGCAGGAAAAUCACAAAUCCAACGAUCACGGAUCAGAAAUGUAUGAGAUAAGUCCGUACGCCACGUUCAGCGUACCCGGAAGAGAAAACCGUUCAGUGACAACGGCAACGCUCGACUAUACGAUGCAAUUCAAGACGUUCGGUCAUCUGGAGAACGAGGACAUCAACACUAUCGAUUACGAGAGGUCCAGCGUGGAGUUCGAAAGGUCAAAAACGCCAAGAUGGCACAAGCAACGCUAUUUCCCGAGCAUCGCAGAGGCCGAGAGCAAGCUGCGAUCGAGCCGACAGGGCUCCGGCAGCGACACGUCCGGGAGUCCUUGUGGCGAGUGCGCCGGACCUAGUUAUAGAGUGCCAGUAAAGCCUUGUAGAGAUGUAUUUUCGCGAGGGGUGGAAUCGAGUACAGAAUCCAACAACGAAGGUUCGCCCUCACUCGCGAGACGACGAAGCCGACAGCCGAGCCGGUCUACUCGCAGUUCGGUGGAAGAUAUGACGUUAUUGCCGCCAAGCGGGUUCAGCGACAGCCGCGAAUUAAGCGACGUAGAAUGCGAUCGUGACCGUGAACGCGAACGCGAUCGUGAGUGGCAAGGUUUAUCGGCCGGAACUCGCCAUGGCGGCAGCCUGGGCCGACUUCCGAUCGAAGCUGUUGAAUCUAUGCUUGCUAGAUAUCAGCAGAAAAAGGAACAAGAGAGGCAAGAAUUCACUAUACACGUAUGAUCGAGAUUUGCUAGUUCGAUUUGGUAUCUUCGCCGGACGAUUUAACGUUGCUGUAUAAACCGAAGAAGACGACGGAUCGUUCUUCCUUUGUAAAGAGAAUAGUUCCGUUUUUGGCGAAACUUUUACAAGAUCUUUUACGGAAAAUGGUAUAGUUUAAUGACUUCCGUAGACAGAACACGUCAACAGAAUAUGACAAGAAAUAAUAGCAGUAACUAAUAAUUAGCAUUUUGCUCUUAAAAGUAAUAUAUUGAUUGGCUAUCGCGUUGCUUCUACCCGCGCGUAAAGCGUUGACGCGUCCUGUUUGCAGGUGCCAUAAUGUAUGCAAAAAAUUAUUUAUCGUUCAAAGACGAAAAGUGACAGAAAAGACUCUUCAGAUCCGUUUGUUGAAGAGAAUAGCGUAACUUACUGCGAAUUUCAAAAAUACUGCCGUUAUUAUAUAAAAAAAAAAAAA